UCCUGGCGUAAUUCCUUUAGUCCUCAGAACUGUAAGAAAAGAGUGGGAAAACUGACCUGAUCCCUUUCUGAUGUUUAUUUUAGCCACUUAUGAAGUUGGAAUCCAAGAGCUCCAAAAGCCUUGGAAGACUUGUCUACAUCAAGAGCUGAGCCACGGACGUGAGGACGAAGAAAACCCCUUUAAGGAAGUAGAGCUAUGUGAACAGGCACCUCAAAAGCCGGAAGAGGAUUCAUGUUGCAGAGCUCCUCACGUACAAGCAGGCAUCCACGAAGAGACAGCUAGAAAAUUCCAAAUGACUGGAGUCCCUCAAGACAGACGGAGUACAGCAGCUGGAAAUCAGGACAGCAGGAUGGACAUCAGCCAAAACAAGGUCUUCCCUGAAAACAGGAAGCUGCCCAGACACUGCCAAGAUCAAGGUGGCUACGUGCAGGCUUUGGAGGUGACUAAAGAGGCCCCACAUGCAGCCACCCUCAGAUCCUCAGAAGACACCUACGACGAUGUGGAAUGUCCCAGGGAUGAUGGCCCUCCGGGCGACGUCACUUGCUCCCUCGCCUCGGAAAGCGAAGAAAAUAAUGAAGAAAUGUAUGAAGAUAUUUACAAAACCAAGAACAGCGACGGGAAAACAGACUCAGAUGGACAAGCCGCUCUGCAAAGACUGCAGAGAUUCUUCAAGAGAGAGAAGGGGAGAUUCAGAAUCAAGACGGCCAAGUCAAAGGAAAAUGUGAGCAAUGGAUUUUCCACAUCUCUGCCUGACUUAGGGCUAGGACCGAGGUCUCGGGAGCUGACAGUCUAUGACGAUGUUGGCCUCAGUGGAAAAGAGUGGAAGUAUAAAGAAGAAGAUAAGCUGAAAAUUUGGAAGGCCAAAUUUUUGAUGCCAAAGGGGAAAAACGAACAAAAAAAUCCCGAUAGAUUGGAAAGUUUUUCUCCCAGAAAUUUCUUCAAAACCAAGAAACAAAACUUAGAGAAGAACAGAAUGGAAAGAGAAGAAAAACUUUUUAGAGAAAGAUUUCAGUAUAACAAAGAGAUCAGAGUCAUCAACAGAGCCGUGGUAUGUUCCAGCGAUUCAAGCAACGGAGCCUUCUAUCUGCCAAUAACUCCUGGGGAACACCUGGACGUCAUCGAUACCACCGAGCAAAAUCAAGUGAUCUGCCGCAAUUCUAAAGGCAAAUAUGGAUUUGUGCUCAUUGAACACGUAGUCUUAAACAUCAAGAGUGAUCAAGGAAGUUCUAAGCCAGCCUGAGUCUACUCUGGGACCGGAGUCCUCCCUCAACAGUAAUUUCUGUUUGCCCAUCAAAACGAAACAGACAGUGGAAACUUUGGUUGGGAAUGAGGUGUAGAAAGGUUUGCCCUCUAGUGACUGUUUUACUGCUGGCUCAAGAGGCUGUGAGCAGAUGUCGGAGCCCUGGGGCAGGAAGCCAAGUUGGAAAUUGCUCCAGCGCCUGCUCCCUCCAACAAUGGUCAAGCCGCUUAGGAGCCCACAGCAUUUGCACUCGCUACAUGCACAGUUCAACUCACUCUAAG